UUCAAAGUUGCAGGAAAUGAGAAAACUUAAUGUAAAUAAAAAUUCGAUUAUGUCCCGCUCACAAAAGUCGAUACCGCAGCCCAAAAAAGUGGCACCACCAUCAGUUCCUGACAUGUACCGUUACAACAACAGCCCACAGUCACCAUCACAACUUAAAGACAACGACGAUGGUGGUUUUAAACGUCAUCUAAUGGAACCGCUCUCGCCAUCAUGUCUCACAGUGUCUUAUCAACGUCGUUCAGCUGAUCCAAUAUCCCACAAAGCAGCAAUCUAUUAUCAUCAGCAAUAUGGACUUCAAGAAGAUCAAGGAAUCGACUUGACACAAUCACCGGGACGUGACUCGCCUGGAUCAUCGUCAGGAUCAGCUGGAAGUGGCUCAAGACAUUCCACCGUGUCACUGGAUAGUGGACGAUCGUCAAGUUAUCUUACGGGAUCUGUUGAUCGAAUGAGUACACAAUCGGAUCACGAUAUGAUUGUCAAUUGGCUACUUAUGCUUAAUUCUGAUGACUUUUUGCCAUAUGCCGGUAAUUUUAGUUCCGCUGGAUAUGAUCUCGGGACGAUAACAAGAAUGACACCGGAGGAUCUCACUGCCAUUGGUAUCACCAAUCCGCAUCAUAGGGAAGUUAUUAAGGCUCACAUUGAGGAGCUGCAAGUCAAUGACUCGUUGCCGCAUUAUGUGCCGGGCUCAAUUGACGAAUGGCUACGCCUGCUGCGUCUAGAAGAAUACAUAAUUCCGCUUCAAAAUGAAGGCUUUCAAUCAGUACGCGAUAUGACAAAAUUGAACGAGGAAGAUCUCGAGGACAUUGGCAUUGUUAAGUUAGGGCAUCAAAAGAAAAUUUUAUUGGCAAUAAAGCGUGUUAAGGAUAUAUUGAGUGGUAAAGUUGUAGUGCCUUGUGUCAACUUUUGCUGUCAGCCACAAAUGCAACCAGCAAUUGCCAUCGGACCGGUUUAUUCGCAGAGUCAACUUCACGAGGAUCAGUUCACACACAUACCCACGAAAACAACGUAUUAUGAUCCUCGAAUGGUUCCUGAUAUUCAACCAAUAACGCCAUAUGCCAAUCAAUUGCCGCAUCCACAGCCCUAUCCACAUCAUCCACAGAUGUCGCAUGCGAUGCAAUCAUGGCGACGAAGCUACGACGACGGUGACAUAACUCCAACAAAUGAAAUAAUGGAAGCAAAGAAUGAAGCAACGGGAGGAGGAACCCUUCCACGUCAACAACGUCAAACAAAGCGUUCAGUAACUCCCGUUAAAAUUGACUUACCACCACAACAGCCGCUCUUCAAUACAAAUUAUACAGCGGAAGCGCUCAAACAAAUGUCAAUGUACUAUAGUUCGCCAGCUGCAGCAAUUGCACAUCAACAGCGACAAGAGGCGGAGUUAUGCCAAAAAGUUGAGAAAUGUUAUAUUGAUGGUACGAAUGUACAUUAUAGACCGCAGUAUGUGACACCAAAUUAUCAGCAAAUGAUGUACCAGCAUCAAAUAAUGCAGCAACAACAGCAGCCGAUGUUUGGAAAGUUGUAUGCUGGACAGACGCAUCAAACGCAGGCAGAAGUGCAUGUUGAGCAUUCACAGGUUGAAGUUUGUAUGUCAAAUUCCUCGAUCGACUCAAUCGAUCAAAUUCCAUUCGCAAACGAAAAUGCGGGCACAAUUAAGCAACGAGCACUAAAUCGCCAUGACUUGCCACAAUCAGCAUCAUCAUCAUCAACAUCAUCAUCCAACUCAUCCGCAUCUACAGCCAUUCCAUUAUGCAGUACCGGUGGUAGAGUCACCUCACCCGCAACAACCGAAUGCGAUACGAAUUUAGAUGAUCCAGACGACUCCGAUACUGUCUUUAAUGACAUUAAUAUUAUGCUCAAUAAAUUAAAUGGUGAGAUUGACAUUAUGAUUGAACAUGGUGCAGCUAAUGCGGGUAACAACGGUGCAGCUGAGGAAUAAAUUUAAAAGAAAGGAAAUUUGGGACAAAGUCAUUAAAAGUUUAAGGCAAAAAAAAAUAAUUUUUUUUAAUAAUUCAAAUCCGAAUUUUUCAAAAAGUAAUAAAAUAAAGAAGAAAAAAAUUGGAAAAAUUUCGUGUAGCUUUUAUGUUAAGAUUGACUAGGAACAUAUUUUUAAGUACAUUUUGAAUGCCUGAAAACAAAUGAGGACAAAAAAAAACAAAACAAUUGCUUGAGCUACAUAUGAAUGCCAUGCUUGCGCGUGGAAGUUACUGCAAAGAGAGAAAAAAUGUCAAGCAAAAAUUUGAAAGAUUUCACAUACGAAUGUUAAGAAAAGACUGACAAAAAAAUAUGAAAAAUAAAAAUUAAGAAAAGAUGGGAAAAAAAUUAUUAAAAAAAAAUAUUUGAAAUUUAAAAAGUUUUAGGAGACAAAAUUGCACUUUAUUUUUUGGGAUUAGAAAUGAAAUUUAGUCAAAAAUUUACUGUUCAAAAUUUAAAGUUUCCGUUAAAAAAUUUGAAUUUUUCGACAGCACGGAAGUUCAAAGUCGACCUCCGUAAUUUGCAAAGCACGGAAGUUCAAAAGUGCAGCUUAAAAAUUGAAUAAUUUUGAUGAUUUUUUCUGAGAUUGAGGUUUUUCCUUCUCUUAGGUUCUCCUAUCAGGACCUAAGCAACUCCUUGCAGACUCGAUGAUAUAGACAAGGACUGGAUGCCCUGUCCAAACUGAGGUACAACUUGUAGUACACCUGAAUUUAAAAUAGCUGGAGAAAAGUCUUUAAAAAUGGGGUUUGGGUGGCAGGAAUGUCAUAAAGGUUAAAUUAAAUUGUUGUUCAGGUUUAAGAUUAAAUCUGCAACUAAGAUUGCCUGAAUGUGACUAGGUGCCCUACUUUAUUAGGUCUCUAUCCUGAAUAUAUCAAAAUGUAACUGAUAUUCAAGAUAUUUGAACAUCUUAAAGGUUCUACAAGUCAAUAGCGACACAUUAUAAGUCUUUAAACCUAUCUAAAGCUCUAAAAAUCAAUGUCAUGUAGUUGUGUACCCCAGAUUAUAUAUAAUAAAGCACAAACCUAGUAAAGUGCACAUGAUAAAGAACCCAAAUAUCUCUUAACUAGGCACAAUGUACGACCACAUUUAAAUUCUAUACUCAACCUUAUAUGUGGUAGUCAAAAAGCCCAGAAAAAUCUCAAAUCUCAGAAAAAAAAAUCCCGCGCGGAAGUUCAAACUUACCUUUAGUUCAACUAUUAUUCCAUCUUCAAAAUCUAAACUAUACAAUCCUUGCAACAAUAAAAGAAAGUUCCAUAAAUUAUAAAAUAUUCCGUUAAAAAUGAAAACAUUCACUUUUUAUAUUCCCGCAUGGAAGUUCAAGAAUCACUUGUUUUUUAAUUUUUUUUGUACAUUAUUUUAUUUAUCUUAGAAGACAAUUAUAUCCAGAAAAUAUAGAAUAAUUUUUAUACAGCGAAGAUAACUUAGAAAUCCAGUGUAAUUUGAGAAAAAGUGAAAAAACUUCCACGCUGACUAGGCGUGGAUGCUUCAAUAAAUCAUUUUAUAAUUAUUGUUUAGUUUAUACUUAACACAAUAGAGAGACUUAAAGAGAUAAUAUGGGAAAAAAAUGUACUAAUAAUAAGAAUAAUAAUAGAAUAAAAAUAUUUGAGAAGAAAAAACUUCCACGCUGAGUUGUGGAAGGACACAAAACAACAAUUAAUACUUUGUCAUAUUCCACACGAAAAUUGAAAAUAGAAAAUAAUU